UGCUAACAAAGUGUCUCAAAUCAUCCAGCAGUGCACAUUUCUCUCUUUCCACAUAAGAUACAGCUCCACUUCUCAAAAGGCAGAAACCAAAAAGCUCUCUCUAUAUAUAUAUUUUCCCUCCUUUCUUUCCCUCACCCUUUGCCACAUCUCAAACCAUGUUCACCUUUCAAUUAGCUCCCUCUUUCAACAUGUUAAAGAUUAUAUCCAUCCUAAUUUUCCUAUUUCCUUCUAUGGUAUUUGGAGACUGUACAUGUGAAUCUGAGGACACAAAACACAAUAAAGAAGCUGCACUUAAAUACAAGCUAGGUUCCAUUGCUUCCAUCCUUGUUGCUGGUGCUGUUGGGGUCAGUCUGCCAUUGCUAGGCAAGAAGAUACCAACUCUAAGGCCAGAAAAUGACAUCUUCUUCAUUAUCAAGGCCUUCGCAGCCGGCGUGAUUCUAGCAACUGGGUUCAUUCACAUACUACCAGAUGCAUUUGACAACUUGACGUCACCAUGUCUUAAAGAAAAUCCAUGGGGAAAAUUUCCCUUCACUGGUUUUGUUGCCAUGUUAUCUGCCAUUGGAACACUGAUGGUUGAUUCAUUGGCAACCGGGUACUAUCAGAGGUCAAACAUAAAGUCCAACCAAGUGACAUUUCAUGAAUUGGAGACGGGUGAUCAAGUACAUAGUCAUGCAGCAGAUCAUGUACAUGGCCACACACAUGCCACACAGAGUCAUGCUCAUGGCUCUGCAGAAUUGAUGUCAUCAGAAUUAAUCAGGCACCGUGUCAUUUCGCAAGUCUUGGAGCUGGGGAUCCUAGUGCACUCAGUUAUAAUUGGAAUAUCAUUGGGUGCUUCCCAAAGCCCUGAAACAAUAAAGCCUCUCAUGGUGGCUCUGUCUUUCCAUCAAUUCUUUGAGGGCAUGGGACUUGGUGGUUGCAUCUCCCAGGCUAAAUUCAAGUCUCGGUCUGCAGUGAUCAUGGCUGCGUUUUUCUCCCUCACAACCCCAGUAGGGAUUGCAAUUGGCAUUGGCAUAUCAACCGUUUACAAUGGGAGCAGUCCCACUGCUCUAAUUGUUGAAGGGACUUUCAAUGCUGCUGCAGCUGGGAUUUUGAUUUACAUGGCUCUUGUUGACCUACUGGCAGCUGAUUUCAUGAACCCUAGACUGCAAAGCAAUUUGAGGAUUCAAUUAGGAGCAUAUAUUUCACUUCUUCUAGGGACUGGUUGUAUGUCUGUCAUAGCCAAGUGGGCUUGAGGUUCCCAUUACAUAUUAAAGUGUGGUUUGUUAAUUAA